CGUCAUCAUCGUUCCUUCCCUCCUCUUGACCCCCGCAAGGAAAAUCUUUCCCUCCUUUUCCUUAGGGUUUCUCUCCCGUUUUCUCCUCCUCAAUUCUCUCUCUCCCCGUCGAUCUCUCCCGCUUCAUCCGCCCGCCGAUCGAGCGGCGCGCCCCCCCCAACCCCCACCCCAAUCAUGACCAAGGACGGCGGCGCCGAAGGCCUCGACCUGACCGAGUCCUUGCUCCGCUCCGAUCUCCCCGCCGCCGCCGCCGCUCUGACCCCAGAAGAUCGCAAAGGUCUUGUCACUGAGCUCAAGAACAAGCUGCAGAGCUUGGCCGGGCAGCAUUCAGAUGUGCUAGAGAGUCUUUCCCCUAAUGUUAGGAAGCGCGUGGAGGCUCUAAAAGAAAUUCAGAGCCAUCAUGAUGAGCUGGAGGCUAAAUUUUUCGAGGAGAGGGCAGCAUUGGAAGCUAAAUACCAGAAGUUGUACGAACCCCUAUAUACAAAGAGAUAUGAAAUUGUCAAUGGAAUUGUUGAAGUUGAUGGAGUAGUAAAGGAAGCUUCUGCGGCAGUAGAAGAGGACAAAUCUUCUGAAGAGAAAGGUGUGCCAAACUUCUGGCUCACUGCAAUGAAGACCAAUGAAAUUCUGGCAGAAGAGAUAUCUGAACGGGAUGAGGGGGCACUGAAGUAUUUACAAGAUAUUAAGUGGUCUAGGAUCGAUAAACCUAAGGGCUUUAAGCUCGAGUUCUUCUUUGAUGCUAACCCAUACUUCAAGAAUUCGGUGCUUACGAAAACAUAUCACAUGAUCGAUGAUGACGACGAACCUAUUCUUGAGAAAGCUAUUGGGACAGAGAUUGAGUGGUACCCAGGGAAAUGCUUGACCGAGAAGCUGCUGAAGAAGAAGCCGCGAAAGGGAUCAAAAAAUGCCAAACCCAUUACAAAAAUUGAAAAAUGCGAAAGCUUCUUUAAUUUUUUCAAUCCUCCAGAGAUUCCAGAUGAUGACGAAGAUGAUUUAGAUGAAGAUACGGCAGAGGAAUUGCAGAAUUUGAUGGAACAGGAUUAUGACAUGGGCUCCGCUAUCCGCGAUAAGAUAAUUCCUCAUGCUGUGUCGUGGUUUACGGGCGAGGCUGUUCAAGAUGAUGAUAUUGGUGACAUAGUAGGCGAUGAAGACGAAGAGGGUGAGGAAGAUGAAGAAGACGAAGAUGAUGAGGAUGAUGACGAAGAUGACGAAGACGAUGAGGAAGAUGAUGAAGAAGAGGAGCAAAGCAAGAGCAAGAAGUCAUCAGCUGGAUCCAAGAAGAGUGGCCGAGCACAGGGUGGGAGGACAGAGCAAGUCGAGCGCCCUCCUGAGUGCAAGCAGCAGUAGGUUUUGUUCUUUUGUCCUGCUGUGGUUGAGUCGAUUCUUCCAAAGCUGAGCAUGGAGCUCUAAGGCCCAUGCGAUACUGUCUUCUAUCUGCCUUUUGUGUAUGGUUUUUCUUGGACAAUAUUCUCUCACCCUCUGUUAUUAAUUACAUAUUUGUUCUGCAAA